GCUCGUGCGGCGGAAGCGGCGGGGAGGCGCGAUGUCGCGGGCGGAGCGGCCGGCGCUGUGGCGCGACUCCCCGAACUGCCCCGACCUGUUGCGGGAUGGGGCCGGCGCCUCGCCGCACUCCCCGUUUUACUGCAGCUUCUUCGAGGAUGAGUGCCGCGCCAUCGCCGCCCGCCUGCUCGCGGGCUCCGCCGCCGCUCCCGGUCCUUCUCCCGACCCGGCGGAUAUCGGCGUGCCGUGGUCGCCCUCCGCCGGUCUCGUCACCUCCACGCCCCUCGAGUCCUCGCCGCUCCCCGCCGCGGGCAGCCCGCCCGGAUCCGCCUUCCUCAGCCGCUCUCGCGGGGCUCCGCGGCGCCUCGUUUUGCCCCGUGCCUCGGGAUGCUCCCGCCUGGCCCGCCCGCAGCCCCGCAGGGUCGGGCGGGUCCCCCCUGGCCGGCUCCCUGCCCGCUCCCCGGGCCGCGCUGCUGGAAAGCCAUCCCUGGCCCGGCGGGCAUCUGCGGGGCCGGAGCCGCGAGGGGCUGGCAAAGGGCCCGGUGCCCCCGCUACCGAGCUGCCCGUGCCCCCAGGUGCCAAGCUGAAGGCGAUGCCGGCUGCCAGGUCCAGGCUGCGGCAUCCCACCAACGGGGCCUCGCAGCUGGCACUGCCGUGCACCGGGCCCAAGGCUUCGCACCGGGACAAAGCGACAGAAACUGCUGGCAAGGCUGGGGGCCGCAGUCAGCUCCCUCGGAGGCUUCCCACCGCGAUUCCUAUCUUGGCUUCUCGCUCCCGAUUGCAGCCAGCGGGAAAAGUGGCUUCCUCCAAGCACGCUUACCUAGAAUUGCCUCUUCAGGAACCGGUGUGCAAUAGGACCCGAGACCUGAUGGAAAAUGCUUGUCUGGAGCAGCUCUGUGUCCUGACUGAAGAGAGGCUGGAGGCUGUGGCAGUUACAUUUCUAGUGAAAACUCUUUUUACAGAUAAAGCCAACCAGACGUGGGUGUGUGUGGGGUCCCCUUAUCUCAGUGCACUGCACCCUGGCUGUGGGGAUGCAGCCUGUGCUGCGCAGCCUGCAGGUUGCCAGCUGUCCCAGGAGCUGGAGCACAUGAAAAAGGAGCUGGAACGAGUGAAAGGGGAGCUAGCCGAUAAGACCGCCCAGUGUGAAGCCUAUUGUCAGACAAUCUCCUCCUUGCAGGCUCAGCUCAGAGCAGCAGGAAUCUGUCCAGAAGAUGCUGCAGAGGAUAAGAACAGCGUCUGGGAGAGAAACUGACAGCUUCCCCCAACACAUGGGACAGAUGGCACAGACCUGUCCAGUGCGCUUGCUGUCUGCUCUUGGAGGGCCAGUGCUCUGUGCUACCUGCUCUUCUCCAAGGGGCUGGGCAGAAAGGAGCUCUUCCUCAG